GUCCAACCCCCGGACCUAGAAAGAAGAAGAAAAGUGGCGGAAAAAGUACGUCUUUACUCUACCGAAAACUUUUUGGCCUCUCUCUUGUGUAAAAGCUCCAUUACUUUCCGAUCAUUAAUUUCCAGAGCUUAGCCAAAUUUAAGCUCCCGUCGAUAAAGAUGGAGGGGGAAAAACGGAAGAAGGAAGCUCCUUUUGUAAAAGGUCAUUAAGAUAAUGCCUAUAAUGACAUGCUUACAUUACUGGAUUUGGAAUAAACUUGGUGGUAAGAAAGACUUUUUCUUUGCCUCAGCGGAAAUGGGUAGAUGGGCAUUUUGUGUUCUGAUCCUGCUGUGGAUUUUGUUUCCAUUGGCAAACUCAUCAGUGGAUGGGCUCGAUAAGGUGAGGGGGGUGAACUUAGGGGGCUGGCUUGUGGUGGAGGGGUGGAUCAAGCCCUCCCUGUUCGACGGAAUUCCCAACAGAGACAUGCUUGAUGGGACCCAGGUGCAAUUCAAGUCGGUGACGCUGCAGAAGUAUGUGAGCGUGGACGGUGGAGGCGGCAUGAAUGUGACGGUGGACAGAGAUGUUGCGUCUUCUUGGGAGACCUUCAGGUUAUGGCGAGUUUCCGAUAGAGAAUUUCAGUUCCGAUGCUUUGGAGGUCAAUUUUUGACAAGUAGUGAGGGGGAUCCGAUAUCAGCAACGGUAACUUCACCAGCGUUGAAUGAAACAUUUUAUAUUGAAAGAAAUGAUACUAGGGUUCACAUCAAACUUUUGGGUGGAAACUAUGUGCAGGCAACAAUGAAUAAUCAGCUCACUGCAAAUUAUCAAGGGGUGCCUGGGUGGGAUGAUAAUGCAGCAACAUUUGAAAUGACAAUUGCUGCCAAUAAUUUGCUUGGGGAUUACCAGCUUGCUAAUGGGUAUGGACAUGAUAAAGCCAAGGAGGUCCUGAUGAAACAUCAAAGAAGCUUUAUCACAGCAGGAGAUUUUGCUUUCCUGUCCCGGAAUGGUAUAAAUACUGUGAGAAUUCCUGUUGGAUGGUGGAUAGCACAAGAUCCAUAUCCACCAGCUCCUUUUAUUGGAGGAUCCUUGGUAGCUCUGGACGGAGCAUUUUCCUGGGCACAGGUCUAUAAUUUGAAGUGUAUCAUUGAUCUCCAUGCUGCGCCUGGCUCCCAAAAUGGAAUGGAACAUAGUGCUAGUAGAGAUGGUUCAGUAGGCUGGCCAUCACCAGAUUACAUCUCACAAACUCUGGAUGUUAUUGACUUUUUGUCUGCAAGGUAUGCAAACCAUCCUGCUCUUUUAGGGAUUGAGCUUUUGAAUGAGCCUUCUGCCGCUUCGGUUCCCUUGGAUGUUUUAGUUAGUUAUUACAUGAGAGGCUACCAAAUUGUUCGGAACUAUUCAUCCGAAGCAUAUGUGAUAAUCUGCCAGAGAAUAGGAAAUGCAGACCCAAUGGAGCUUUAUCAGGCGAACAUUGGUGAUUCAAACAUUGUUGUGGAUUUACACUAUUACAAUCUAUUUGACCCAUAUUUUGAUAACAUGAAUGCCAUGGAAAAUAUUCAGUUUAUAUACGAGAGCAGAGUGCCACAGUUGCAGUCUCUGGACAGUGCAAAUGGACCUCUUGUCUACAUUGGAGAGUGGGUGAAUGAAUGGAGUGUGACAAAUGCCUCUCAGAUACAAUACCAAAUGUAUGGAAGUGCUCAGUUACAGGCUUAUGAUGCUGCCUCUUUUGGUUGGUCCUAUUGGACACUGAAGAAUGAUAGGAUUCAUUGGGAUUUUGAGUGGAAUAUCAAGAACAAAUAUCUACUGCUUGGCAGUGGAUAUUGGAUUCUGGAAUAUGUGAUAAGAAAGUGGAUCACAGCCACUUCUAAACAAUGUUUUGGAAAUUCAUCCUAACCUCUUGCAAACUUCAUAUGUCAGACUUGACCUAUUGCGAAUGGACUUUUUUAAUUCCAUUAUCACGGUAACUUCAUGAUGCAGGCAAUGAUCCCUCUGUUGAAGCACCCAAGGUCUGGGAGCCCAACGAGAGGCCCAAAUGACAGACUUAAUAUGCAUGAGGGGAUCUGGCAGUGUUGAGAUGACAUCAAAUCCAAUUAGCACAAUUCAGUCUCAUUAUGCACAUUCUUGUCAUGGAGAUGGUGAUCUAAAAUGGAUCACUUCAUGAAUUUCAAGACAUUCCAGGAGACGAAAUGGUGGCUACUAACUACUAACUAAUGGUCAGCAGCGGUAACUGGCUUCUGACAGCAAGAUGACAUCAAAGACCAGUGUUCCUAGCUAAUUAUCAGAGUAAUCACUGGAAAAUCAUGGAGCCAACUCAGAUGUUAAAGGUUCACCAAUUCUUGGAUACAGAAUUGAGCCAUUAGGUGUUCAUACUGGACUUUCAGAAAUCAAAAUUUUCCAUUUCACUUAAAAGACCCGUCAUGUAUAUAAGUAGAGCAAGAUAUUUGGUUCUGUAUUUCACUCAGUAAUGAUAAAAAAGGUAGGAAUUCUAUUGUUGGGAGAACAGAGGUCUCUUAUAAAUACGCAUGAAAGUCUGCAUAAUCUCUGUCAAUUCUUCAGCUGAUAAUGAGGGAGGAGACAGAGACCUGGCGAUGGAGGAAUACCUGAAAGGUUUAAAAUUCUUGCAUUAGUUUAAACCUAUGUAGAGCUGUCUGUCGAUUCUUUGAAGUACUUGAGGGGUUGACGCUUGAAAACAUUGUGCCCGAGAGUAAGUGGGAAGUAGCGAUACUUCAUUCUGCAAGGGCAACUUUGCUUAUGAUUUGGAACUAGUGGACUUCGUAAAUUGCUAAUUCUCAAGCCUUGCAACAAGAACCAGCUAACUCCCACCAGUUUAUGGAUUUAGCCUUCAAACUGUGGGUAAUUGAUGAGUGGAUUUAUGCUGGGAAAUAUAUUGGUGACCAAAGGGAUCAGGCAUUCAUAGCCCCUAACUCUUCAAACAGACAGAUUUUUCUCUUCUAAACAAAAAUUCGAAGGAGAGGAGUGAUUUGAAAGGAUGAUAAUGCUAAAUCCAUGAUUGCCAAUCCUCUUGUUUCUCGGAAAGUGCAGUGCAUUGGUUGGUCGUGGUGGUAUAACAACUUAUUCUCUGUUUUAAAUGUCACAAGAUAAUUCAAGCCCCACAGUAAAUUUUAGAGUCUUACAUAUUUAAUUUCAUCAGAUUUUGCAUGUUCUAUUAACCACGAUAUGGAUGAAGCAGCUGGAAUUUAUGUCCAAAUAAAUCUUCUUUCCAGUUUUUUGGUCUAUACUUGGGUGAGUCUUUUCUCUUGAAUGAACAGUGCACAUCUUGUUGUCUUAGUAUUCUAGUAGCCAAUUUCUGAUGCCUUACUAUUACACUGCAAUAAACGGUAUCUAUAGGAGCUAUGCCUGAGAUCGAUCACUAAUUGAUUGUUUGCAACAUAUAUAUUCUUGAUACAAUAUUUCAGAACAGCCAACAAUACUGUAGAAAGAAAUCAGUUUAGUCCAUCAAGAGUAAU